AAUAUAACCUAUAUUAUCGGUUGGCUAGCAAUAGUUUUCGCCAAGGCUGCUUGGUUGCUUGACAUUGGGAGACUUAUUCUUGGAGUUGCAAUUGGAAUUAAUAUGUAUCUGGGACCUGUAUAUGUCGCAGAAAUAACACCGAAGAAUCUUCGAGGAGCACUUGUAUCUCUAACCCAGAUGAUUAUUGGUUUCAGCAUAUCAUUUUCUUACAUAGUUGGUUCAGUUGUCAGUUGGCGCGUCUUAGCUCUAAUAGGAGUUAUUCCAUGCUUAAUUCAACUCCCUCUUCUGUUCUUCAUCCCUGAGUCUCCAAGAUGGCUGGCAAAUGUUGGCCGGGAAAAAGAUUUUGAAGCCACCCUACAACGCCUCAGAGGAUCGGAAGCUGAUGUUUCUGACGAAGCAGCAGAGAUCAGAGACUAUACAGAAUCUGUCAAGCACGUCGCAAGAGACGGAAUUACAGAACUGUUUCAGAGAAAAUAUGCUUAUUCAAUCAUUAUUGGAGUCGGAUUGAUGGUGCUUCAACAACUUGGAGGAGUCAAUGGAUACACAUUUUACACCAGUGUAAUUUUUGAAUCAGCAGGAAUUCCGAUUUUCAUUGGGUUCGUGACGGUAGCCAUUGUCCAGAUUUUGAUGAACAUCAUUGGUACAAUUUUAAUGGAUAAAUCUGGAAGACGGCCACUUCUACUGAUUUCUGAAGUCGGAUUGUGCCUCGGUUGCCUCCUCACAGGGUUAUCAUUUAUCUUUCAGGACUUUAGUAUGUGUACUAAGGCGACUCCUAUUUUGGCACUUAUAAGUGUCUUGAUUUAUAACGGAUCAUACGCAUUAGGGAAUGGGCGGAAUACCAUGGAUUAUAGCCUCGGAGAUAUUUCCAAUAAAUGUAAAAGGUUUAGCCGGGAGUAUUUGCAACUUGGUGAAUUGGAUAUGUUCCUGGAUUGUGGCCUACGCUUUCGAAUUCUUACUUGACUGGAGCUCAGCAGGUACAUUCUAAUUUUCGCAGCGAUUACGGGUUCGGGAAUCUUGUUUCUCGCCAAAUUGGUGCCGGAGACAAAGGGAAGAACAUUGGAAGAGAUUCAAGCCUCCCUUAAUAAGUUCCCAUGAUGAUUCAUAUUUUGUUGUUUAAUUUCUGGUUAGCAGUCCUUUUUUUAUAAUGCCUGUAGUUUUGACAUGGAUUGAGAAA